AUGGAUUCAUUUGUACGGCCUAAUCAAUGGGUGGCCAUCCGGCUGUCUUCGGAUAUGUACAAGCUGGUCAAAGCAACUCCCAAUACAACAAUUUUGCUUGGUAAAUACGGCAGCUUUUAUACAAACCAGAUCCUCGGUCGACCAUUUCAUUUAACCUAUGAACUCUCGAAUGAAUCCGAAGAAGAUGGAUACAGUCUGCGUGUUGUGGCAGCCGCAGAGCUCCAUGCGGAAGCUCUCAUCAGUGAAGGAUCCGGAGAAGCGGACGGCAUAGUAGAGGAAGCAGACUCUGCAAAUAUAGAACAACCUAUUCGUUCGAAUCGCGAUAUCAAUGACGACGGUUCGGCGCAGACUUUGACGUGGGAGGAAAUCGAAGAGUUGAAACAGAAUGCUACAGGCGCUGGAAAAGAGAUUAUCGAUAAAUUAUUGGAGUCCCAUUCGACCAUUGACAAGAAGACGGCCUUUUCGCUGGCAAAAUAUAAGCUGCGCAAAGAGAAGAAGUACCUCAAAAGGUUCACCGUUGUGCCUUUGGACGUGAAUAUAUUGACGGAGUACAUGCUCGAGCAAAAAGAAGCAAGCAGGAUAAUGGAGCUUCGUCACGAGUCGAUAGGGCUGUUAGGAUGUUGGGGAAAUGUUCAUCACAGUGGAAAUUUAGAAAAUAUCGAUCCGAGCGGCAGAUAUCUUGUUCUAGAUGACACAGGCGGCCUUGUCAUUGCGGCCAUGGCUGAGAGGAUGGGUAUACUCUAUCCAACGGACGGAGAUGAGGAUAAUGAAGAGCUUGGGAACUACUCGAAUGUCAACGGAAAAGAAGAGACGACGACAGCUCCAAGUCAAACGAAUAAGAAGCAAACAGGGGCAAAACCGCAGAACCAGCAACGCAUCAGGAAACAGCCCAUGACCGCAAAACAAAAUACAAUUACAGUUAUCCACCCUCAUUCACAACCCAACCUCAGCCUGUUGAAAUAUUUUGGAUACGAAGCAGAAGAACCCGACGAGACACACCCUCUGUUUGACCAUCUCAAAAUGGCUACUUGGCUUCAAGUACUCGACCCAGAAGCUGACAACAUAUAUUCCGACAAGCCAGAGGAAGUCGACGAUGCGACAUUAAAGUCGUACAAACCUCGACAACGCGGAACAUAUCACCGCAAACAUGCUAGAUGGGCUCGAGUCCGGGCUGUUGUUGACGAAGUACGAGAAGGCGGAUAUGACGGCCUCAUAGUGGCCAGUGUCAUGGAUCCGGAUUCUGUGCUGAAACAUCUCGUUCCUUUACUUAAUGGUGGUGCUCCAAUUGUGGUAUACUCGCCAUCAGUAGAGCUACUCACGAACCUAAUGGAUCAGUACUCCACAGCCCGCCGCACAGCAUACAUCUACAAAAAGGCAGAUCUUGAGAAAGAGCGAAGAAGCAUUGACCCUGAAAACAUGGAUGUCGAUCUUCCUUCCAUUGAGUCACAAUUAUCGUCGGAAUUCCCUCUUGAUCCGACUUUAAUAUUAGCGCCUAUGCUUCAGACAUCGCGAGUCAGAGAAUGGCAGGUUCUUCCGGGCCGGACACAUCCUCUAAUGACCGGCCGAGGCGGUGCAGAGGGAUACAUAUUCCAUGGUAUUCGGGCCAUCCCGCAAUCACAGCAUGUUCAGGCACGCGGAAUCUCGACUCGCAAGAAGCGGAAGUUGGAUGUCGGCGAUAUCGGAACACCUGAGGAUGCAUCGACGCCGAUUACUGCAUGA